AUGUCCGCCGCCAACUCAAGUCCCCCAGGCAACUGCCGAUUUGCGAUUCCCAAAAAAGGUCGUCUUCACGAGAAGGUGGUUGCCAUGCUCAAGGGCGCUGGAUUGGAGUUUCGUCGAGAACCACGCUUGGAUGUGGCCUUGUGUGUCGGACAACCCAUCACUCUUGUGUUCCUACCCGCAUCGGAUAUUGCCAAGUAUGUGGGAGAGGGUAACGUCGAUAUUGGGAUUACUGGAUUGGAUGUCGUCAAGGAGAGUAUGGUGGAAGUGAAGCAUAUCAUGGAUUUGGGCUUUGGGGCCUGCAAGUUGUGUGUCCAAGCUCCCGUCGUGGACAAAAUCACCAAUGUGGAAGAUCUGGCGGGAAAGAGAAUUGUGACCAGUUUUCCCGACUUGACCAGGGAAUUCUUUGGUCCCCUGGAUGCUAAAAAGGGUGUCACAACCAGCAUCAAAUUUGUGUCUGGAUCAGUGGAAGCAGCCUGUGGAUUGGGUCUGGCAGAUGCAGUGGUGGAUUUGGUAGAAACAGGAACUACCAUGAAGGCUGCUGGUUUGGAAAUCGUAGCUGAUAUUUUGUCAACUCAGGCCAUUUUGAUUUCGAACCCUCAUGCUAAACAUGGAGACCUCGUGGAUCUGAUCAAGAGGCGAAUUGAAGGCUACAUCACAGCCACGAAAUAUGUCAUGAUUGUCUACAAUGUCAGUAGCGACCUGCUGGCAGAAGCCGUGAAAAUUACCCCUGGAAAGCGAUCUCCCACAAUCACAACUCUGGAUGAUGGCCAGUCCAAGUCAGUUUCCAGUUUGGUUCUCAAAAAGGAAGUAAACGACAAAAUGGACCAGCUUCAUGAUGCCGGUGCCACUGAUAUUCUGGUUUUGAAUAUCUCCAAUUCGUUGAUGUAA